GCUUAGGAUCCCAGUACAUCAACAGUCAAAAGGCACGAUUGGCGGUGCCAUGCAGAAUCAUCAACCAUGUCAAGCUUUGCGCUCGGUUAAUUGUUAUGGCUUAAAAAAUAAAUACCACGAUUCAUUAUAUUCUCUCCCGCUCACCAAAAUGGUCUGUCUGCCCCAGCUUUUAUAUAAUCUUCUUCAAAACCCUAAAAGCCAAAACUGAAUAACAAACCCAGCAGACACAAAGAUCGGGCAGAAUUUCUUCACCCCAAAAAAAAAAAAAAAAAAAAAACUCUUUUUUUAAAAUUUCAAUGCCCAUUUUGGGAUUUUCAAACACUUUCUGAACCUUAAGUUCUCGAGGGAAAUAAGUUUUCUCCCACUUCUACUGUCUACUUGGGUUUUAUCUUCUUCACCAUUUUGCUAGUCUGGUAUGGAAUCUCAUAAGUGAUUAAGCUGUAAAUAGGCUUUUUGGUAUAUUAUGGAGGACGGAAGGGAUAUGGAUGCUACUGUGGCUCUGUGCCGUGAUGGGUUGGGGCAGCAUGUUGAUAACUCUCAAGUAAGUGAGAUCCUUAAGAUAAUGGGCUCAUAUUUUCAAGAUAUCGAUGAUCGGUUGACUAUUUCUAGGAUGGUGAGUGACUCUGUCAUAAAGGGCACGGUUGAUGCAGUUGAACAAGAAGCAGAGGAGAAAAUUGCCCAGAAAGAGUUGGAGGUGGAAAAAUUGAAGCAUAUGCUACAUCUUAACCAUGUGGGUGCAGAUGAAAAUGAAUCUUUGGGAUCUGCUUUGACACACCAUGAGUCCAAAAGCACAAGUCACCACAGGAUGUAUUGCAACUGUCCAGAUGCUUUUGUAGAGCACGAUAGAAUGAAAGAAUCUUUGGGGAGCCUUAGAAAUGUGGCUAAAGAGCAGUUCAAGAAGCUCAAGAAGGCAAUUGAUGGCGUAAGAGGGUGUAGUUCUAUUAGGAGGAUUAAUUCUGGUUCUGAACAGCUGGGAUUGGAUGGUAUUCUUCGGGAGAAGGCACCCGAAAGAUGGAUUGAUGUGGAUGAAAUUCUUGAAAUUCUAAAUGCUACUUUUGACACAGUUCAUGAACAAGUGGAAGAUAUGUUUGAGUUGUCUAGGGAAUCACUCUGUUCAUGGCAACAAGAGCAAGAGUUUAAAGCAGAAAUUGAAGGUAUGGUAAUUAAGAAUUGCAUUUGGAGUCUUCAAGAAGGGUUUGAAGAAAGACUUUGGGAUCAAAAUGUGCAAUUUGGUGGUAAUGAAAAUGUGAAUUGGCUUGAAAAGAUUAAUGAUAUCUCAAGUUUACGGCAGGAAUUGGAUGCCAUUUCAAAAUCACUGUCUAUUCAUGAAAGUCGGCCACUAACUUCUCUGAGGUCCUUACAGAUUAGUGGGGAGUGGAGUAAUGAUAAAAAAGCUGAUCGUUUCCGCAGCAAAAGCUUAAGCAAUAGUGUUUCAUCGUCCACUUUGAUUUGGGAAGGAAAUGGCAAACAUGAAGAUUCAAAUGGUAAUAUCCCAGAAAAUUCACAUCCUGCCAAACUAAAGCAAAUGUCAAAAAAAAAAAAGCAAAUGUCAAAAGAUGAAUUGAUCACUGAGAUGACCAACAUUAGACAGAUACGGGAAAUACUGCAUAUGAAGGAAAGGGGAUCUGCUUCACCUUUGAAGAAGGAUAAUGCGCUUGACAUAUUAAAGAGAAAAAUUCCCUAUUUCAUUUCAAAGUUGGAUGGAAUUCUUGUGGAAAAUAAGAUGCUAUGUGCAUUUAGUGAAAAUGCUGAAAAUCUUGGCAGUUUGAAGGACAGACUGGAAUCCCUUCUUUCAGAAAAUCGCCGGCUUAGAGACUUGCUUGCAGAUAAGAAAAAGGAAGUCACAUGCCUUUUAGCACAAGUUUCUGAUGCUGCAGAUAAACUGUCUCAGCGCCAACUAAUGGAGGCAAAGUUAUUGUGUGCUAUAGAAGAUGCACAAAUUAAAGCUUUAAUUUGUGAAGAUGUUUAUAAAUGUGUUCUCAGGGGGUUAAUUGGCCAAAUUAAAUGUGUCACCGAGGAGUCAGAUUUGAAGUGUAACAUCGUGCGAGAAAUUUAUGAAAUUUUAUUAAAUGAAGCUGCUUAUCUUGCUAAACCUAGAAGCAACUCCAAUAUUGAAGAUUCUGAUAUAGAGUCCAUUACCAUGCAAGGGCUGUGUGGGAUUAUAUUUAAAGAAGCCCUGAAAGAUGCUGAAGAGAAAGUAAGUAACUUGAACAUGAAAUAUACUGAUGAAAAAAAAAUUCGAGUUACCCUGGAAAUGGAGGCACUAGAAAAAGAAGAAGUCUUAAGAUUGGAGCUUGUGGAUAAGAAAAAACUAAAGCAAGAGAUACGCUCACUGGAAGAAUCGAUUGAAGAAAAGGAGAAGUUAGCGCAGGAAACAACAGUUGCAUUGGCAAAUGAGAAAGUGAGAUCUGAGUUAGCUUGUCAAGAGCUUGAUAAUUUACGGAAUCAAAAGAUUAAGGCAUUAGAGCAAAUUGAAACAUAUAAGGCGGAGAUAUGUGAGUUAAAUCAGAAGCUUGAACUAAGAAUGAAUGAGUUGACGGAAGUUGAUGAAGAGAGAAGAAUGAUUCAUGCUUUUGCACAAGAGAAGCAGAAUGCGUUGUCAUUGGUCAACAAUAAAGAGAGGGAGCAUCAGAAGCAAAUGGAAUUAUUAGUUGCUCUCGCACAGGGAUUGUCAAAUGCGGUUGCUGGGUUUGAACGUAGAGUAACAGAAAAUAUAUCAAAUAUAAGUUUGAGACUGGAAUCCCUUCUUUCAGAAAAUCGCCAGCUUAGAGACUUGCUUGCAGAUAAGAAAAAGGAAGUCACAUGCCUUUUAGCACAACUUUCUGAUGCUGCAGAUAAAAUGUCUCAACGCCAACUAUUUGAGUCUAAGCACAAGGAGGAUGCGUCUGCCACCCAUCCUAUAUUACUUGAUGAGCGCGAGUUUGAGGCCGAGCCCGAGCUUAUGUCCAUACAUCACCCCACGGCUGAGGAGAUUUCUGCCUCCAUGGGCACAUCCAUGGAAGGUUUCUUUGAUAGGGCUAGCGUGGUGUUUGAGGCCACGGCUUCUGCCACUCUUGCUGUUGCACAGGGGGUUCUUGCUGAGACUCUUAUCCCUUCAACUGAGCCGGAACCCAUAGAUGAAGGUACUCAUACUAAAAGGGUUGGUGAGACUGCUCUCAUUCCUGCUGAGACACUUACUCCCCAAGAGGGGGCCAUUCCUCAUGUUGCUGCUCAAACCGAGAUUGCCUCUCUUGCCACACCUCUCGUUGUCUCUACCAGUGAUCCUUUCGCGGCUCUAUCUCAGGCUGUGAAGGAUGGCUUUUCUUUGGUGGUUACCCCUUCUUCCUUCCCUAGCUCUGCUACACGUGGGCCUGAUGCAGACUUGUCCUCUGAGGGAUCUGAGGAUAUUCUUGAGGAUUCUGAUGAUGAACCCACCAUGAAGAAAAUGAUUUCUGAUUCUAAUGACAAGGAAAGUGCUGACCACGAGGCCGAGUUCAUGGAGACUUCUGAUUUUGAUGACGAGGAGAGUGCUGACCACGAGGUCGAGUUUAUGGAGACUUUUGAGGAACCAGGAGUUUCAGCAGACAUAGCGAUGCCUACAGCCAUUUCUCUUACCACACUUACAGUGCCUGUUUCUGCCAUUCCCACAACACUAGUUUCUGCAAUACUCUCUGCACCUACUUCUGCUAUUCCCACAGCCCCCAUUCUUAUAGGUCCCGGUCCGAUUCCCACUGCCCCUCCUCAGUUUGAGGUGGGCAGUAGUUCUGCCACAGUUUCGGAUUCUAUGAGUGAAGCAACAGUCUUCUUUACUCGUUUUUAUCAGCCUGAGGUUAAUGACCUCGAUCCUACGGACUUCUGGGGUUCUGGGCCUCCCUAUAUUGACUUCCAUGGCUUUAGAGUUCCUGAGGAUUGUGCUUCUCAUUUGGAGGCGGUCUAUAGCAGCCGCGGUGACUUUAUGCAAGGAUUCCGCCUUGGCCGUUCUGCUAGAGAACACUUUUUGAAGCUGUUGGGGAGCGUGAUGAAUGACAUUGAACAUAACUUUGUUGACACUGUUUCCACCGAGAGGAUCCUACAGUGGAGGGCUGCGAUACAAGAGCUUGUUAGCGUGGGCUUUGUUGUGGAGUUCAUUUUGGACCAUCUUCGUGAGAUUGCCCGAGCCUUCUUCAUGAAGAAGGUUCAACCUGCUGUUGAUGCUAUUGAUACACGCAUCGAGGCUUUGAGGAAAGAGGUGGCAGACUUGGAGGGUCGUCGUGAGUGCCUUCUUUCUAGUAUUGGUGGAUCCAGCCGUUUUGGAGAUCAGCCUCUUAUUUCUGGGCUUCAUUGAUGAUGAUGUAAUUUCCCCUUUAUUUUUAUUAUUAUUUUUUUUAUCCUCCUCUCUAGUACACUUUAUGUUUUCUAUAACACUUAUUUGGCAAGUCUGAUAUGACUGCCAUAGUUUGGGUUUGUAACUAUGAUGCUACACUCUGUUACUGCU